CUUGCGUACGCUCUCUUGCGUAAGUCAGUCGUGACUCGUGGUUGUGUGUGAGUCUGCACGUCUCUCCUCCUCUCGGCUGAGUCCUGUCCUCCUCACGACCUUUCAGAGACAAUGGCCGUUCCUCCGACAUAUGUGGACCUGGGCAAGUCUGCCAGGGACAUCUUCACCAAAGGAUACGGUUUUGGUCUCAUCAAGUUGGACUUGAAAACAAAGUCGGAGAAUGGAUUGGAGUUUAAAAGCUCCGGCUCGGCCAACACAGAGACCAGUAAGGUAGCAGGAACGCUGGAGACCAAGUACAAGUGGGCCGAACACGGGCUGACGUUCACCGAGAAGUGGAACACCGACAACACUCUCGGCACGGAGAUCACUCUGGAGGACCAGUUGGCCAAAGGGCUGAAGCUGACGUUUGAUUCCUCCUUUUCUCCAAACACUGGCAAGAAGAGCGGGAAGAUCAAGAGCAGCUUCCAGCACGAGCACCUGAACCUGGGCUGUGACGUGGACUACGACAUCAACGGCACCGCGGUGCACGGAGGCGUGGUGGUGGGCUUCGAGGGCUGGCUGGCCGGGUACCAGAUGACCUUCGAGGCCGGCAGGAACCGGGUCACUCAGAGCAACUUCGCUGUGGGAUACAAGACCGACGAGUUUCAGCUGCACACAAACGUGAAUGAUGGAACAGAAUUCGGCGGCUCCAUUUACCAGAAAGUGAACGAUAACCUGGAGACGGCGGUGAACCUGGCCUGGACCGCCGGAAACAGCAACACCCGCUUCGGCAUCGCCGCCAAGUAUCAGAUCGACGCCGACGCUUCCUUCUCGGCCAAAGUGAAUAAUUCUAGCCUCGUCGGCCUGGGAUAUACCCAAACCCUGAAGCCCGGGAUCAAGCUGACCCUCUCUGCUCUUCUGGAUGGGAAGAACAUCAAUGCUGGUGGACACAAAUUGGGUUUGGGUCUGGAGUUUGAGGCAUAGGAAGUUCAAUAAUCCUGACUUGAUUUUUUUUUUUUCUUUCUUCCCUUUUGAAUACCUUCCCUCACAAACCUCGUUUCUCUUAGAUUCCCCGGCCGAGGACACGCACUCGGUCAAAUGAUGCAUUAGUAGAGGCUCACGUCUUCAGAGAGUGUGUUUGCUAAAGGAAAGACACUGCUAUAGGUCACACAGAAUGAAAGAACAGCAUAAAUGGCUUUAAAAAAUGUAUUUUCAGUACAUUAUUGACAUUAUUUAUUUCAGUGUUGAUUCAGACAGAAUAUUUGAUUUUUGGCCGUUGGCUAGAAAGGGAGACGUUUACGUCAGAAAACACUAAUGCUAGCGGACUACAUUCCUGAUCCACGGUUUUCACCCCGACUGACCUUGAAAGAAGGGACCCGUAUAUAAGAGUACACUCGAGGGCCGCUGUAGGAGCCCUUCACGUCUUUAGUUGUAGACACCAGACUUUUGGGUGCGUUUCGUGUUUGUCUCGUCUGUGCGAGUGAACCCACAUGUGUAUCUUGUCCAUUAUUGUUUUAUUACUUGCCUGUACCUUUAAUGGCACCACUCUUUCAGCUGUCCCUGAACUAAAGGAGAUUGGAAACAACCUUUAGAUGUGCCGGGGAAGAGCAUGAAAGACUUGAAUAUGUGGAUGUAGUCUUCCGUUUUUAAAUGUUGGAUUAGCAUACUGUCCAUUUGUAGCAGUUUGGUUACUUUAAGUUGAAUAAAACAUUUGGACCUGGACCACACUA